UCAAGUCAAUUGCGUUUACCUAUACCAGGCAGAACGCAGAAGGCACUGUGUGAAGUUUGGAGAUAGGUCAGGUGUAGCUGUUAAUAAUGAGAGGGAAGCAGGUGUUUCGUAUAUUUCUGCUGAGCUUUUGCUUGCAACUGGGAGUUAAUGCUGCAGUACCGAGAAUAGGAGUUAUUGGUGGAGGUAUUGGUGGAACAGGAGCAGCGUAUUUCUUAAGAAAACUCUUUGGACCAAAAGGAAUUAAAAUAGACGUUUAUGAACAAGGAGCUAUUGGAGGCAGAUUGGCAACUGUAAAUGUUGAUGGUUUUGAGUAUGAAACUGGAGGAUCUGUAAUACACCCAAAGAACCAUUAUGUUGUGGGGAUAAUGAAAGAGUUAGGUUUGGGACGAAGAAAAACACAUGAAUCAACUUUUGGUCUCUAUGAUGGUAACAAAUUUCUUUUUCGUGAAGCAAACACUUGGAACUUCAUUAACACACUUAAAAUAUUGUGGCGGUAUGGUAUCAAUGUAAUCACUUUACAAGACUAUGUAAGUGACAUGCUUGGAAAAUUUGAAAGGAUCUAUGGACUACAAAAAUCAGGAUUUGCAUUUCCAAGUGUGAAUGAUUUAAUGGCAGGAACAGAUUUAGAACUUGCAGAGGCUCUGCAUGUGUCACUUAAGGAAGCUCUUCUACAUGAGGGAUUUUCCAAACUGCUGAUUGACGAAUUAGUAACAGCAGCAAUUGUUGUAGACUAUGGUCAGACCACAGAUGUCCAUCAGUUUGUAGGAUCCGUUGCUCUUGCUGGGGCUGGUGCUGGUUUGUUCGCAGUUGAAGGUGGGAACUUCAAGUUGCCGGUUAAAAUGUUAGAUGCUUCCGGUGCUACUUUAAAGAAAGUACAUGUGUCAUCCAUUGAGCUGCUCAAUACAGGAAAAUAUUUAAUACAUAGCACAGGAAAUCAUUCCAUAAAAUAUGAUGCUGUUAUUAUGGCCUUUCCAUAUGCUGAAAACAUUAAUUCCAAUUUUACAUUUAGAAAUUUCCCGUCUACAUUUAUAUAUGAACCCUCUGGUAAUUAUCAUCGUACAGUAAGUACAGUUGUAAAAGGAGAACUCAAUCAUACUUUCUUUGGUUUUGAAGAUGCUGCAGAUGUUGUUGAUGAGAUUUUGUGUGUGAGAACUGACUUAGCAUUUAAUUCAAUUGGUAGGAUCUAUCCUGUAAGUGGUACGCCCAACAAAAAGUCUGAUGUAUGGAAAGUUUUUUCUCAAGUACCUUUGUCAAGAGAACAGAUAGAUAGUUUGUUUAAAUCAGUAGAUAAAAUAGUUGUGAAAGAUUGGCUGGCAUACCCACACUAUCGUGCUGAUUGGAGGCAUGAUAAAUUUCGAAUACAUGAUAAUCUCUAUCAUAUCAAUGCUAUAGAAUGGGCUGCAAGUGCAAUGGAAAUGAGCUUGGUUGGCGCCAAAAAUGUAGCACUCUCAUUUUAUCAUGAUUGGGGAGAACCCAUAGUGGAAGCCACUGUUGAAGAAACUGUUAAGCUGAACCUAAAAGUAGAUCUGUAGUUCCAAAACAGAGUUUUUAUACUCCAUUUCAUUGUCAGUUAUCUACAAAUGUCAUGAAAAACAAGUUAUAAUUUGAGUCUCUGUAAGUCCAUCUUUAUACAGGAUGGUCGAGGGACUUUGGCUGUUCAGUAUAAAAGUCAGAUCAGAAAUACCUUUAGCUGCCUAUAUUUCAAAUAUAAUUUUACUUAGGUGACCAGUUGCAUAAUUGGUGUCCAUAGAUUACUUUUUUAACAAUGUGACCCACUGCAGUUAAUGAAGGAAGGGAUCACAUUGUUUUAAAAAAAAUGGUCUAUAGGUACCAGUUACUAAAUGCAAUUCCCUAUUUCAAUUGUGGGCACGACUGGAUUCUUCCUAAAUGUAGGUCAAGGGGCUUGAAGAUGAUGUAGUGAAAUGACGAAAGUGGUUGCAUAAGUGAAAUAAAAUUUGAACUGUAGACAGUUGAAGGUGAUUCUGAUUUAACGCUUUAUAGUUGUAAUUUGUGAUCCACUUCUGUAUUGGGAUGGAAUUCAUUUACUCUUGAUAGAGUGCAAAUUUUGCGGAUCAUCUGUGACAAAAGUAAAACUGUGGAUCAUGCCAGGACUUGAACUGGACAUUUGGCUAUCACAGGUCCUUUUGUUUCAGUUGGGGUUUGAAUAGCUCCCCACGAGUCAAAUCAGAGCUUCAGUUUUGCCACUAGCUGCUCUCUGUUCCUUCCAAAUUCAAAAGAGGCUCACAUGUGAAGAAGUGGAGUUUGGAGAGGAGGCAGUGGCAAAUUGUAGCCUUGUGGCAGUCUAGAAGUCCCUAUGUGUGACAACUGGAACAGCCCAGUUCACACAAGACAGUUGUCUGGAUUUGAGUCCUGGUUUAGUCUACAGUUUUAUCUAUAAUGUAAUAUUAUAUAACAUAUGUGUUAUGUAACAAAGAAAAGCUCUUAAUUUGUUGAACAAUAUAUUAUCCACAAAAGUUUGUCAACAGUGUCUCCCACUGUUCAUGUAUGGUUGUGAAAUUUCAUAAUGAAUCACAAUGCAUAGACUACACCUUAUCAGUAUUAAAAGCUUUAGUAAUUUUUUUUUUUUCAAUUUACCACAUUGUAACACAACUAAUUAUGGCUGUGAAAGUCCCAGUGACUCGAAUUAUUCUGGAGUAAGGCUUUCAUUGGAAUCAACUGAUACCAAAAAUGGUUUUAAACAGCUGAUAUCCUACCAUAAUUAAAAAGACUUUUAAUUAAGGAAAAGCUCUUACCUUAUCCUUUCGUGCUAGACUGAUUGCAGAAGGUAUGCCUAUAUUGUCUUUCACAUGUUGGCAGGUCUAAACAGCAUUAAACACCAAAAACUAACAUUUAAAAACUGUUAGCAUAAUCUUCAUUUUUGUGUUGUGAUUGACAAAGACCCCUAUAAUAUUUGGAAAGGGAAUACUAUUAUCUAAGAGAAAAAGAGUAUAAUUAUCUGUUAGCAUUCUACACUAAAAGAAAUUGCAACACUCUGAAGGAUCAAUAAAUUAAAUUUAUACUUAAGAAUAUUUGUGUUUUUCCUGAAAACCAGCUACAAUUAUUGUGACAACACAGGAUGUGUGACAAAGUCCGGGAUGACAAAUUUUCACCUUUUUAAAAUGUGUAUUUUGUUAUUGUCAGUAUACAUUAAUAAUAUAGCAUCUGCAACAUCAGCCUUCAGCACAGAAAUAAAUGACUCACAAUAAGAA